UGAUGCAUUUUCAGGUUCCCACAUGGAAACGAAGGACGACAGUGCUGAAAAAGAAGAAGCUUGGUCUUCUCAUGAAGACGAAAUUCUUUUGAACUAUGUUCAAGUCCGUGGAGAAGGAAAUUGGAGAAACCUUCCUAAAAGAGCUGGCUUGAAACGAUGUGGUGAGAGUUGCAAACAACGAUGGUUGAACUAUCUUAAGCCAACCAUAUCUAGAGGAAACAUUUCUUUAGAUGAACAUGAACUCAUAAUCAGACUGCAUAAGCUCUUGGGGAAUAGAUGGUCUAUCAUUGCUGGACGAUUACCAGGACGCACCGAAGAAGAGAUCAAGAACUACUGGAAUACCUAUUUGAGAAAGGAGGCAGAAGAGAACCAAAACAAUAAGAACGAAUUUCCAAGCACAAGUAUGACAACAACUAGCAUGUCUAGUGUUCAAUCUCCAUGGUACUCCGAAAAUUCCGUAGGUACCAAUCCCACGGAAUCUCCAAAUCCUGUGAUUAGACCUAAAGUUGUGAGGUUAUCUAAGUUUAAUUUGUCGUGCCAAGACAGGUAGCCUAUGAAAUACACAAUGACCGUGAUAAUUGUUUUUGCUAGUUCCUAUGGUGAAGUAAUAAGGUGGACAAGUUCUUUCAACCAUGUUGUGCUUUUUUAUCAUUUCUACGUGAAUGGAAGGGACAGAGUGUUUUGCAAUAUGUAUAAAGUAAAAGAAAAAUAAUAUUAUUCUACACCUAGCUAGAGAGAUGAAGAGAUAAAGGAGUGGAUUAUAUAUUGUGACAAAAGAAGGAGGUCAAUUGAAAGAAAUACUGAAGAGUGGCAAGUAGCUAGGUGUAUGCACCGAGUGGGUGUUCAUAUAUUAUUAUUUGAAGGUAAAUUUAAUUAUUUGAAGGUUUAAUUGUUGGGAUCAGACUAUUGACAUCUCAAUGUUAUUGCAUUUUGGUAAA